UUUGCCUGGAGUGUAGAGAUAUCAUGGCUCCCAAACAAUUGAAUGGCAGGUGCUCAGUGUUCGGAUGUCAAAGUGACAAACUAAGUAGGCCUACAUUUGCAGCUCCUUCAUCCGAGUCUCUGAGGAACCAGUGGGUUCAUUUUGUUUUCGCUGGAAAUGCGCCGAUACGAAUUGCGAAAUGUGUGUUUGUGUGCGCCAAACAUUUCCCCGACGACUGCUUCAUCAACUUGGGACAAUACAAAGCUGGAUUUGCUGAACUUCUGAAAAUGAAGCCUGGAUCAGUACCAACUCUCCUUGCCUCAGCUACAAACCGCGGACAAGCCAGCACAUCGACUGUUUACAUUCAGCUGCCUCUCUCAAGGGAUGUUGCAUGCCAGACGGACCAUUUGAAAACGCGUACUGAAGGCACACAGCUAUCCUUUAGGACUUUGCAGACCCACAUUAAAAGUGAAGGUGUCCAGGCAACUGUGUUCUGCAAGGAUUUCGGUGUUGGCACAUCGAAUGCAGACCCUUUGUGCCUGUCAUCGACACCAAUAAGAAGACCAUCCAAAAGACCUCGGGUAGACCUUGAGGAAGAGCUGGAGGACAAUCCAUUGGAGGUCAGCUCUUUAUUGGAAGCUUCUAAUGGACCGGAUUCCACUUAUGAUCCUUCUGACUCCAUCACAGCAUUGUUAGACUCUACACUAAAGUCAGAAGAUUCAUCCACUGCAACACCCAACGGCAAGAAAUACAUGGUGUACGAGAGCUGCAUCAUGGAAUUGUUUAAUGCAUGUCCAGUCUGCACGAGGGCAUGUGAAGUUACAACCCAAAGGCUGGGGACAUUCCUGUCUGUGAAGCAGCAGUGCCCCCAUUGCACAUUCGGAAGACGCUGGAAUAGCCAGCCUAUCCUUGGGAGCACGCCAGCUGGAAAUCUGCACCUUUCUGCCGCUGUGUACCUGAGUGGUGCAUCUUUCCUAAAAAUCGAAAAGGUCUUCAAGGCAAUGAAGCUACAGUUGUUUCGGUAUGAAACAUUUCGCCGCCAUGCCAAAAGUUUCAUUGAACCAGCAGUUAUUCACCAGUGGAAAGUCCUAAAUGAUUUGAAUCUGCAGCGGCUAAGUCAAGAGGAAAUGGUGAUACUUGGUGGUGACAUGAGAGCUGACUCUCCAGGUCACUCUGCAAAGUAUGGGAGUUACACAAUGAUGGAUCUCCAUACUAAGACCAUUGUGGACAUUCAGUUGGUCCAGAGCAACGAAGUUGGUGGUAGCACCCAUAUGGAGAAGGAGGGACUGAAGAGGAGUUUAGCCUUACUGGAGUCGCGUGGCGUCCACCUUGACUGCAUUGUCACUGAUCGUCAUCCUCAAGUACAGAAGUUCCUCAGGGAGAGAAACAUAACCCAUUACUACGAUGUCUGGCACUUUGCAAAAGGUAUUUCAAAGAAGCUGUUGGCAAUCAGUAAGCAGAAAGACGGUGAGAAACUGAAGAAGUGGAUGAAGAGCAUCAACAACCACAUAUACUGGACUGCAGCAGGCUCAAACUCCGGGCCAGAGAGAAUCGCAAAGUGGACCUCGAUCCUGAACCAUGUUCGAGAUGUCCAUGUACAUGAAGAUCCUCUUUACCCCAAGUGCGAGCAUGCGAUCCGCCAGACAAGUGACCGGAGUAAAUGGCUUCAAGCAGCAACUCCAACUUUCUCCAAGUUGGAGAAGUUGCUGACCAAUAAAAGGGUGCUGAAGGAUGUUGCAAAACUGAGCCCCCACCACCAAACUUAA